CCCUAGUGGCCCGGCUCGCGGCGUCUGGGAGCGGCGGGGGCGGGGGGCGCGGGGCACUGGGCGGGCGGGGCGUGUCCGCGGCCGGGUGGUCCCGCCCCCGGGUGGCGCGGCAGCCAGCGGGCCGGAGCGCCGGGCCGGGGGCGGCUGGCGGCUGCCGCUGGCAGGAAGCGCCUCCGGGCCGGGCCCGCCCCCCCGCUCCCUCCUUCCCUCCUUCCCUCCCCUCCCUCCGCCUCCGCCUGGCGUCCCGGGCCCGCGCCCAUGCAGUCGCCGCGCCGCUCAGCCCGCGCUCCCGGAUGGCUCGUCGUGCCGCGGGCGGUGCCGCCGCCCCGCGCCCCCGGCCCCCGCGACCGCCUGGCCCCGCGCCCCCGGCCCCGCCGGCCCUGCCGCUGCUGCUGCUGCUGCUGCUGCUGCCGCUGCCGCUGCUGCUGGCGGGCGCGGCCGGGGCCCUGGAGGUGCAGCGCCGCUUCCCGUCGCCCACGCCCACCAACAACUUCGCGCUGGACGGCGCGGCGGGCACCGUGUACCUGGCGGCCGUGAACCGCCUGUAUCAGCUGGCGGCCGCCGACCUGAGCCUGCAGGCUGAGGCGGCCGUGGGCCCGGUGGCCGACAGCCCGCUGUGCCACGCGCCGCAGCUCCCGCACGCGCCCUGCGACCACCCGCGCCGGCCCACCGACAACCACAACAAGAUCCUGCAGCUGGACGCGGCGCAGGGGCUGCUGGUGGUGUGCGGCUCGGCCUUCCAGGGCGUGUGCGAGCUGCGGCGGCGCGGCAACAUCUCGGCCCAGGCCGUGCGCUUCCCGCCCGCCGCGCCGCCCGCCGCGCCCGUCGCCGUGUUCCCCAGCAUGCUCAACGUGGCGGCCAACCACCCCGCCGCCUCCACCGUGGCGCUGCUGCUGCCGCCCGCCGCGGGCGCCCGGGGCAGCCGCCUGCUGGUGGGCGCCACCUAUACCGGCUUCGGCAGCGCCUUCUUCCCGCGCAACCGCAGCCUGGAGGACCACCGCUUCGAGAACACGCCCGAGGUGGCCAUCCGCUCGCUGGACGCGCGCGGGGACCCUGCGCGCCUCUUCACCUUCGACCUGAACCCGUCGGACGACAACGUGCUCAAGGUGAAGGCGGGCGCCAAGGAGCGGCAGCGGCUGGGCUUCGUGCGCGCCUUCCUGCGCCGGCCGGCGGGCGCGGGUGCGGGCGCGGCCUUCGCCUACCUGGCGCUGACGAGCGAGGCGGCCGCGGGGCCCGGCGCGGGGGACAAGGACAAGGACGGCGGCGCCCGCAGCCUGCUGGCCCGCAUCUGCCUGCCGCGCGGAGACGCCCGCAAGCUCACCGAGUCCUACGUGCAGCUGGGGUUGCGCUGCGCGGGCGGCGCGGGCCGCGGGGACCAGUUCGGACGUCUGGUGUCGGUGUUCCCGGCUCGCCGCCGGCUCUUCGGGGUCUUCGAGCGGCCCCCCGCAGCCCCCCGGCCUGGGCCCGCGCCCGCCGCGCUCUGCGCCUUCCGCUUCGCCGACGUACAGGCCGCCAUCCGCGCGGCGCGCACCGCCUGCUUCGUGGAGCCCGCGCCCGACGUGGUGGCGGUGCUGGACAGCGUGGUGCAGGGCACCGGGCCGGCGUGCGAGCGCAAGCGCAACCUGCAGCUGCAGCCUGAGCAGCUGGACUGUGGGGCCGCUCACCUGCAGCACCCCCUGUCGGUGCUGCAGCCCCUCAAGGCCACACCCAUCUUCCGCGCCCCAGGCCUGUCCUCCGUGGCUGUGGCCUCUGUGGGCAACUACACCGUGGUCUUCCUUGGCACUGUCAGCGGGAGACUCCUUAAGAUCAACUUGGAUGAGAACAUGCAGGUGGUGAGCCGGAGGGCGGUGACGGUGGCCCUCGGGGAGCCUGUGCACCCCAUCAUGGAGUUUGACCCCUCAGACCCCAGCUUGCUCUACCUGAUGACCACUCACCAGAUGGCCCGGGUGAGCGUGGCGGCCUGCUCUGCACACAGUACCUGUGGGGACUGCCUGGGUGCCAGGGACGCCUACUGCGGCUGGUGCUCCCUGGAGUCAAGGUGCACCCUGCAGCAGGACUGCGCCAACGCCAGCCACCCCCACUUCUGGGCCAGCACCAGUGACGGCCCUGCCCGCUGCCCUGCCAUGAGCGUGCUGCCCGCUGAGAUGGACGUGCGCCAGGAGUACCCGGGCCUUAUCCUACAGCUCGCAGGCAGCCUGCCCGACCUCAGCGGCAUGGACAUGGCCUGUGACUUUGGCCGUGGUGUCCACACAGUGGCCCGAGUCCCAGGCCCCGCCUUUGGUCACCAGAUGGCCUACUGCAGCCUGCUGCCCAGGGCCCAGUUCCCGCCCUUCCCAGACGGCCAGGACCACGUGACCAUGCAGCUGACCCUGCAGGUGAACAGCCAGGCUGUCGUGGACGCCAACUUCACCCUGUAUGACUGUGGCCGGCUGCCGCAGGUGCAGCCUCACGCCGCCUGCACAGCCUGCCUGUCUGCACCCUGGCCCUGCUUCUGGUGCUCGGCCCAGCACGUCUGCGUGUCCAACCAGUCCCUGUGCGAGGCCUCCGCGAACCCCGCGAGCCCCCAGGACUGCGCCCAGACCCUGCCCUUGUCCCUCGCACCCGUGCCCACGGGCAGCUCCCAGAGCAUCCCAGUGCCUGUGGCCAAUGCCGCCUUCUUCCGGGGGGCAGCCCUGGAGUGCAGCUUCGGGCUGGAGAACUUUGAAGCCCGGUGGGUAAAUGACUCCACUGUCCGAUGUGACCACGUGGUGCUGCACACGACCCAGAAGAGCCAGGUGUUUGCACUCAGCCUCCAGCUCAAGGGGCGGCCGGCCCACUUCCUGGACAGCCCGGACCCAGUUACAGUGGAGGUGUACAGCUGUGCUGUGGGCAGCCCCGACUGCUCCCAGUGCCUGGGCCGUGAGGACCUGGGCCACCUCUGUGUGUGGAGUGACGGCUGUCGCCCUCGGGGGAUGCUGCAGCCCCAGCCUGGCUCCUGCCCAGCUCCCGAGAUCCGAAUGAUUGAGCCCCUGAGCGGCCCCCUGGAUGGCGGGACCCUGCUGACCAUCCGUGGCAGAAACCUGGGCCGGCGGCUGGCAGACGUGGUGCACCACGUGUGGGUGGGCGGUGUGGCCUGUGAGCCACUGGCCGACAGAUACAGUGUGUCAGAGCAGAUUGUGUGUGUCACCGGCCCAGCCCCCGGUCCCUUCUCCGAUGUGGUGACAGUGAACACCUCCAAGGAGGGCAAGUCCCGAGAGCGCUUCUCCUACGUGCUGCCCCUGGUCCACUCCCUGGAGCCUGCCAUGGGCCCCAAGGCCGGAGGCACCAGGCUCACCGUCCACGGCAACCACCUCCACAUAGGCUCCGAGCUGCAGGUCCUGCUCAACCACACGGAGCCCUGCACCGAGCUCCUGCGCUCGGAGACCAGCGUGGUUUGCACGGUGCCCGAGGGUGCCCUGCCCGCAGCUGUGCCCGUGUGCAUACGUCUGGAGCGAAGGGGCUGCCUGCGCGCCAACCUCAGCUUCUCGUACACACGGGACCCCGUCAUCACCGCCAUCAGCCCCCGCCGGAGCCUCGUCAGCGGCGGCAGGACUAUCACGGUGGCCGGCGAACGCUUCCACAUGGUACAGAACGUGUCCAUGGCAGUGCACCACAUCGGACGUGAGCCUACGCUCUGCAAGGUCCUCAACGCCACGCUCCUCACCUGCCCGUCCCCAGGGGCCCUGAGCAACGCCUCUGCACAGGUGGACUUCUUCAUCAAUGGGCGGGCCUACUUAGACGAGGGGUUCGAGGCAGAGGAGCCGCUGGUCCCUGGGGAGACCCCAAGAGGCAGCCGCUUCCGCCUGGACUACCUGCCCGACCCGCAGUUCUCCACGGCCAAGCGGGAGAAGUGGAUCAAACAUCACCCUGGGGAGCCGCUCACCUUGGUCAUCCACAAGGAGCAGGACGGCCUGGGGCUGCAGAGCCAUGAGUACCGAGUCCGCAUCGGCCAGGUGGCCUGCGACAUCCAGAUCGUGUCCGACAGGGUCAUCCACUGCUCCAUUAAUGAGUCCCUGGUCGCCGCUGAGGGCCAGCUACCCAUCACUGUGCAGGUGGGCAACUUCAACCAGACCAUCGCCACCCUGCAGCUAGGCGGCAGUGAGACGGCCAUUGUAGUGUCCAUCGUCAUCUGCAGUGUCCUCCUGCUGCUGUCUGUAGUUGCCCUGUUCGUCUUCUGCACCAAGAGCCGCCGUGCCGAGCGCUACUGGCAGAAGACGCUGCUGCAGAUGGAGGAGAUGGAGUCCCAGAUCCGAGAAGAGAUUCGAAAAGGGUUCGCAGAGCUGCAGACGGACAUGACUGACCUGACCAAGGAGCUGAACCGCAGCCAGGGCAUCCCCUUCCUGGAGUACAAGCACUUUGUCACCCGCACCUUCUUCCCCACGUGCUCCUCCCUGUAUGAAGAACAGCAUGUGCCGCCCUCCCAGACGCCCAGCUCCCCGGGCAGCACACCCGCACCCAAGACCCACCCACUGCUGGGGGAGUGGAAGGUCCCUGAGAGCCGCAGGCACAUGGUGGAGGAGGGCGUCGGCCUGUUCUCCUCACUGCUGGGCAACAAGCACUUCCUUGUGGUGUUUGUCCACGCGCUGGAGCAGCAGAAGGACUUUGCCGUGCGCGACAGGUGCAGCCUGGCAUCCCUGCUGACCAUCGCACUGCACGGGAAGCUGGAGUACUACACGGGCAUCAUGAAAGAGCUGCUGGUGGACCUCAUCGAUGCCUCGGCUGCCAAGAACCCUAAGCUCAUGCUGCGGCGCACAGAGUCGGUGGUGGAAAAGAUGCUGACCAACUGGAUGUCCAUCUGCAUGUACAGCUGCCUGCGGGAGACAGUAGGGGAGCCCUUCUUCCUGCUGCUGUGUGCCAUCAAGCAGCAGAUCAACAAGGGCUCCAUCGACGCCAUCACGGGCAAGGCCCGCUACACGCUCAAUGAGGAGUGGCUGCUGCGGGAGAAUGUGGAGGCCAAGCCCAGGAACCUCAACGUGUCCUUCCAGGGUUGUGGCAUGGACUCCCUGAGCGUGCGCGCCAUGGACACGGACACACUGACACAGGUGAAGGAGAAGAUUCUGGAAGCCUUCUGCAAGAACGUGCCCUACUCACAGUGGCCUCGCGCCGAGGACGUCGACCUGGAGUGGUUUGCCUCCACUACCCAGAGCUACAUCCUUCGAGACCUGGAUGACACCUCGGUGGUGGAGGACGGACGCAAGAAACUCAAUACCCUGGCCCACUACAAGAUCCCCGAGGGUGCCUCCCUGGCCAUGAGCCUCACCGACAAGAAGGACAACGCCCUGGGCAGAGUGAAAGACUUGGACACAGAGAAGUAUUUCCAUCUGGUGCUGCCCACGGACGAGCUGGCUGAGCCCAAGAAGUCCCAUCGCCAGAGCCACCGCAAGAAGGUGCUUCCCGAGAUCUACCUGACACGCCUGUUGUCCACCAAGGGCACACUGCAGAAGUUUCUGGAUGACCUAUUCAAGGCCAUCCUCAGCAUCCGAGAGGACAAGCCGCCCCUGGCUGUCAAAUAUUUCUUUGACUUCCUGGAGGAACAGGCAGAGAAGAGGGGCAUCUCAGACCCAGAUACCCUGCACAUCUGGAAGACCAACAGCCUGCCCCUGCGGUUCUGGGUGAACAUCCUGAAGAAUCCCCAGUUCGUCUUCGACAUAGACAAGACGGACCACAUUGACGCCUGUCUGUCGGUCAUCGCCCAGGCCUUUAUCGACGCCUGCUCCAUCUCCGACCUGCAGCUGGGCAAGGACUCGCCCACCAACAAGCUGCUCUACGCCAAGGAGAUCCCCGAGUACCGGCGGCUGGUGCAGCGCUACUACCAGCAGAUCCAGGCCAUGACGCCCCUCAGCGAGCAGGAGAUGAAUGCACACCUGGCCGAGGAGUCGCGGAAAUACCAAAACGAGUUCAACACCAAUGUGGCCAUCACUGAGAUCUACAAGUAUGCCAAGAGGUAUCGCCCGCAGAUCAUGGCUGCCCUAGAGGCAAACCCUACGGCCCGGAGGACACAGCUGCAGCAGAAGCUGGAGCAGGUGUUGGCACUGAUGGAAGAUGACAUCUACCAGUGCUACAGUGAGGCCUGAGUGGACGAGGGGCCCGGGUGGCCCCCAGACUCAGGCUGGCUCUCCGGCCCCCGGCGUCCCCCGGCCGGGCCUGGCACCCCCUGCCCAGGGCAGCACUACCUCAUGUGCCGGCCCUGGUGGGGGGGAGGCCAUAUGGCGCCCAGCCUGUAGCCGGCCUACUUGUCUUGCUGGAAGCAUUGCCUGAGAUAGCGCCACUUUGGGGGGAUGUUCGUUUUUUUUAAAAAAGCUUUUAUACAUUAAAAUAAGAAAACCCUU